GAGAUGAUCGACAGCCAGUGAGGCGAAACGAGCAUUUUUCGGGUCGUGGAACUAAAGGUGUCCAAAUCGAAGAUGGGAAAGGGAAUGUUCUCAACGGCGAGCGGAAAGCAGCAAGUAUGCCUGCUGUUCUUCGUCCAAGUCGUCCUAAUUGCGCUAAUGGGCGCGCUGAUGACAUAUGGCCCGGAGGCGAACGCUAAUUUGCUAAAAAAUCACGCAGGUAACCGCGAGGACUGGAAAUCCGUCAAGAAGCCGGAUGGCGACCCGUUGCAAAUUUAUCCGAUGUAUCAAGAUGUCCACGUGAUGAUAUGGAUCGGCUUCGGGUUCCUGAUGACGUUCCUGAAGAGGUACGGCCAGAGCGCUAUCGGUCUGACGUUCCUCGUCGGCGCGAUCCUCGUACAGGUCGCGAUGAUCUGCGAGGGCGUGAUGGAGAUCAAGACGGACAAGAAGGCGUACCUGUCGUUGGGAAGCCUUCUGAGCGCCGACAUUGCGGUGGCCGCCCCGUUGAUAUCCAUGGGCGCGCUCCUCGGUAAGACGACCUACAUACAGCUCGUGUUCAUGGGUAUCCUCGAGCUGAUCAUGUUCACCGUGAACAAGUACGUGGGGGAGCAUAUACUCAUGGCGGCCGACGCCGGUGACAGCAUGUUCGUCCAUGCGUUCGGGGCGUACUUCGGGCUGGCCGUCAGUUUCGUGAUGGGAAUGAAAGAGAAACCGAAGGAGCACCAUCUCGAGGGACCGUCUUAUAAUUCGGACAUAUUCGCGAUGAUCGGUACGGUGUUCCUGUGGCUGUUUUGGCCGUCUUUUAACAGCGCCGCCCUCAAAGGUGACGAUCAACACAGAGCAAUUAUAAACACCCUCCUCUCGAUCUCGGCCAGCUGCGUGAUCGCUUUCGCUACCUCGGCCCUGGUCUCCAAGGACAGCAAGUUCAACAUGGUCCACGUACAGAAUUCGACGUUGGCCGGUGGUGUGGCCAUCGGCACCGCGGCAGGCAUGAUGUGUGAACCAGUAGGCGCUCUGGUCGUGGGCUCUUUGGCCGGUCUGUUCAGCGUGCUUGGAUACAAAUACCUCACGCCCCUGAUACAGAAACGUCUACGCGUGCACGACACGUGCGGCGUUCAUAACCUUCACGGGAUGCCGGGCGUUUUGGCGGGAAUUUUCGGCGCCCUGAUGGCCGGCCUGGCCACGGAAGCCUCUUACGAUUAUUCCCUUUACGAGAUUUUCCCUGCACGAGCGCCAAGCACUGAAACAAUGGUCGCCGAGAUGAGGGACUAUUAUGGUAUAUCGCCCGGGCUGAACAGAACGGCGGGACAGCAGGCAGGCUAUCAAUUAUUAGCACUCGCGAUCACUGUGGUAAUUGCCAUCGUUUCCGGAUUAGUAACAGGUUUAAUAUUACGUAUGUCGAUCUGCGGUUCAAUAUCAGAAGAGCAGAAAUUCGAUGACGAGGCACAUUGGGAACUGGAGGAAGAGACUUCGCAUGAAUCAAAAGUUAAAGAGGGAAACAAUUCUGGUGAUCAGUUGCCGAUGGCUUCUAUUUGAAGAAAAUUAUUCUUGCCCCCCCCCCCCGCCGGCCCCUCAUCCUCUUUCCUUAAUGAAUAUAGGUGCACGAUCAACAGGUAGCAUGGAUGUAACCAAGUGAGGAAGUAAUACUACAAAAAAUAUUUUUAAAACGAAAACAAUCAAAAUUAACACAUAUCAACAAACAUGUAAUUGUUAUCCAAGAACAGCAUGCAACAAACGUACAGUACAGGUACAACGUUUUUACAGACAUUAUUUGUAUUUUUUUAGAAAACUUUCUAUAAAUUUAUACAAUAAAUAGUUUGUAACAUAAACAGAUUCAAUAUAAUAUAUGUACGAAUGUUUCUGGAAAUUGCACAGCAGCUUUUAUCGUAAU